AUGGGUGAAGUACGCCACGUGGGAGAUGAGCCAGAAGGACUUCGCGCGCGCGCGAUCCGUGUGGGAGCGCGCGCUGGAGGUGGACUACAGGUGAGUGUGACUAAAGAUGGGUGGGACUAUAGGUGGAACACGAGCGUAUGGGUUAAAUACGCCACGUGGGAGAUGAGCCAGAAGGAUUUCGCGCGCGCGCGAUUCGUGUGGGAGCGAGCACUGGAGGUGGAUUAUAGAAACGUGUCCGUAUGGCUCAAGUACGCGGACAUGGAGAUGCGCAACCGCUUUGUCAACCAUGCGCGGAACGUGUGGGACCGCGCGGUGUCGCUGCUGCCGCGCAUCGACCAACUCUGGUACAAGUACAUACACAUGGAGGAGAUGCUGGGGAACGUGGCAGGGGCGAGGCAGGUGUUGGAGCGAUGGAUGAAAUGGGAACCCGACCACCACGGCUGGUCCGCCUACAUCAAAUUCGAGCUCCGAUACGGCGAGAUUGCACGCGCCCGGGCCGUGUUCGAGCGCUACACCAUGUGCAUUCCCACGGUGAAAGCGUGGAUCCGUUUCGCAAAAUUCGAGGUGAAGCAAGGGGAGAUUUCGCGCGCCCGGGAGGUGUACGAGCGGGCAGUUGAAAUUCUCGGCGAGGACGGGCAGAACGAGGAACUUUUCGUCGCGUUUGCCGAGUUCGAGGAGCGGAUAUGCAAAGAGAUCGAGCGGGCCAGGGCGAUUUACAAAUACGCCCUCGACCACGUUCCGAAAGCCGAGGCCGAAUCCCUGUAUAAAAAAUUCGUGGUUUUCGAGAAGCAGCAUGGGGACCGGGCAGGGAUAGAGGAUGUGGUGGUGGGGAAGAGGCGGUUUGAGUAUGAGGAGGAGGUGAAGAGGAAUCCGCGGAACUACGACGCGUGGUUUGACUAUGUGCGGUUGGAGGAGAGCGUGGGGGAGGCGGAGCGCGUGCGGGAGGUGUACGAACGCGCGAUCGCCAACGUGCCUCCUGCCGAUGAGAAGCGCUUCUGGCAGCGAUACAUCUACCUCUGGAUCAACUAUGCCCUAUACGAAGAACUCGAAGCGGGGGACAUGGAGAGGACGAGGGAGGUGUACCGGGAGUGCCUGAAGCUGAUCCCACAUGGCAAGUUCUCAUUCGCCAAGAUCUGGCUGCUCGCCGCUCAGUUUGAGAUCCGCCAGAAGCGCCUCUCUGCCGCCCGGCAGAUCCUGGGGCAUGCCAUUGGAGUGGCUCCUAAAGAUAAGAUAUUCAAGGCAUACAUUGAGAUGGAGCUACAGCUAGGCAACAUCGACCGCUGUCGCAUGCUGUACGAGAAGUACCUCCAAUGGCAGCCCGCCAGCUGUCCCGCGUGGGCCAAGUUCGCAGAGCUGGAGCGCAGCCUGGGCGAAACUGAGCGGGCAAGGGCAGUGUAUGAACUGGCUAUCGGGCAGCCGCUGCUGGACACACCUGAGCUGCUGUGGAAGGCGUACAUUGACUUUGAGAUCGCGGAGGGUGAGAGCGAACGCACGAGGCAGCUGUACGAGCGGCUGCUGGAGCGAACCAAGCAUGUCAAGGUGUGGAUGAGCUACGGGCAGUUUGAGGCGCGGGUGGCAGUGGAGGAGGAGAUUAAGGCGGAGGAGGAGGGCAGAGAGGCGGACGAGCUGGUCCUGGCAGAGCAGUCCAAGGACCGGGUCACCAGGGCCAGAGAGGUGUAUGAGCGGGCGUUUGAGCACAUGAGGACAAACGCCGCCGACCAGAAGGAGGAGCGGGUGAUGCUGCUGGAGGCGUGGCGAGAGAUGGAGCGGGCGGCGGGCGUGAACGGCGACCCGGGAUUGGUCGAGAAGAAGAUGCCGCGACGCGUGAAGCGGAAACGGCCAAUCACGACGGAGGAUGGCACUCCUGCUGGGUUCGAGGAGUAUUACGACUACAUCUUUCCUGAUGAAGCGGCUAACCAACCUAAUCUCAAGAUCUUGGAGGCUGCUUAUAAGUGGAAGAGGCAAAAGCUCACUAUGGGGGAUGAGGAGGAAGGUCAGCAGGGAGGUGGAGCAGAGAGGGAUGAAGGGGGAAGUGGAGGUUUGAUAGACAAUAAGGAAGAGGAUGACUAG